UUUGCGCUUGUACUUAUAUCAUAUGCCUCGUCCAAUUUUAUUCAUUAAUGCCAACUUGAGAAAUGGACCAGGAUUGACUGCAAAAACUAUAUUGUUUAGUUUAUUACAUGAUGCUAAGCUUGUCUAAAUCAUUGGUGUAGCUUUUGCAAGAGUAUCUAAGCUUUGAUUUCUAGUGAAAAGGACUUUUACAAGUUCUUCAAGUUUGUGUAAUGGAAGAUUUUACAAUGGGGGGCUUUCCUGGAGUCUCUUUUAGGUCUUAUAUACCUUUCAACUUUCAAGCAAAUUUGUGGCUCGGUAGAGUUCCCAUUUGUGUUUAGGCAUUCAGGCUGAACAGCAGCUGGUGAUGACUUGUUGCUCGUUCUUAUUUUCACGAAGGAAGACAGCUUGCUCAGCGGAACAUACAGCAGAAAUUGAUGAUGAGGUUUCAGGUAUUCAGAACACUAAACUCUUUCCUUACAAGGAGCUGAAAAUGGCAACUGGAAAUUUUCAUUACUCCAAUAAAAUCGGAGAGGGAGGUUUCGGUGUUGUCUACAAGGGAACUUUUAGAGAUGGUACUGUGGCUGCUAUAAAAGUUCUGUCAGCAGACUCAAGGCAAGGGGUGCGAGAAUUCUUGACUGAAAUAAAUGUGAUCGCUGACAUAGAGCACGAAAAUCUGGUUAAGCUGCAUGGUUGUUGCGUGGAAGGAAACCACAGAAUUUUGGUAUAUGGCUAUCUCGAGAAUAACAGCCUUGCACAAACUCUUCUCGGUGGAAGCGAUAGCAGUAUGCAGUUCAGCUGGUCUAUGAGGCGUAACAUUUGCCUCGGUGUUGCGAAGGGGCUUGCUUUUCUUCACGAGGAAGUUCGACCUUAUAUUGUUCACAGGGACAUCAAAGCCAGCAAUAUCCUCCUUGAUAAAAACCUCAUGCCCAAAAUUUCAGAUUUUGGUCUGGCUAAGCUUUUCCCUGACAACUUGACUCAUAUUAGUACACGUGUUGCCGGAACAACAGGUUAUCUAGCACCCGAGUAUGCAAUACGAGGUCAGCUAACGAAAAAAGCCGAUAUUUACAGUUUUGGUGUUUUGCUAUUGGAGAUUGUGAGUGGUAGAUGCAACACGAAUAGGAGAUUACCUGUGUCAGAUCAAUAUCUACUCGAAAGGGCAUGGGACUUGCAUGACCAAAAACAACUUGCGGAAUUAGUCGAUCUGUCAAUGGGUGGAGACUAUAACAAGGAAGAAGCUCAGAAGUUCCUAAAGAUCAGCUUACUUUGCACCCAAGACAUGCCAAAGCAAAGACCAUCCAUGUCCAAAGUGGUGAAGAUGCUAGCCGGUGAGGAACCAGUGGAUGAACAGAAUAUAUCAAGACCUCGCCUACUUUCAGAAUUCAUGAAUUUAAGAGCUCACAAAGAGAAGGCCGACCUGACUUCAGAAGGCACAAGCAAAGAAGGGAUUUUAUAUUCAUCAACAGAAAAUGUUACCAUGUCGUUCGCUACAAUGACAUUCAACUCGAUAUACGAUCGAAGCAAUUAGGUUUGGCGUGAUUAAUCUUUUGGUAUUCUUUGGCUAAUGUUCUGAUUUUUUUUUUCUUGUUAGCUUUUUUUCUUAGUAAAAGCCCAGGCCUCCGGAAAUCAUUGGCCAAAGCAUACCUUGUUCGCCCUUUCGGUUUCUUCGAUUAGCAAUGCUGGAAAUUUAUGUAAAUUGUAAUCAAUUGAACCCUAAAAUUUUGAUUUUUUUUUUGUGAACUCGCUUAAGUUAGAAGGAGUAAGAGUAAGAAAAAUGUACUGCAAAGCCUGAUUGCAUUGCUAUACUUGGUUACUUCAUGUGAAUAAAAAUGCUUUGGUAAAUUUUUCAUCUUUUA